CUAAAAUGAUCGCAGUCAUCAGAUCAACAGCAGACCAGGACGAAGGUGUUUUUUACUCUUCAUCACUGAGAUCAACCAUGUUCAUCUUCCUGCCGUUUUAUUUUCGGUUCCACCUGAAACAGAAACUGGAGUUCAGGUUUCAGUUUGCGGCGUUUAGCUCCUCGUCUUCCUCUUCAUCAGCAGAGCCUUUCAUUCCUGACGUGUGAAGAUGGUCGUCACACUUCACCUUUAAUCUGGAUGAUCCCGGAUUAGCCGUCGUCUGCAUAUGAAGCCGCUCGCUCUGCCGCCUAUCAAGCUGGAGGCUCCGCCCCCCCUGGAGCCGCCGUGGAUCAUCUUUCCUCCCCGUCUGACAGAAGCAGGACCUUCAGCAUCAGCUGAACGUGGGGGGUGUCAUUCACAGAAACCGCUGAGCAUCAUGGGAAGGAUCCGAGUGGAGAUGAUGUGGAUUUGGAGAGGCGCCCCCGCCCACGUGGACAUUCCUGCAGACCUGUUUAUGGUGGGGAUGGUGCGGUGGAGACGGGUCGGGCUCGGUCUAUUAUCUGUUUUGGGGGCAGGAAGGGUGGGGGGUGGGGGGCAGACUCUCUGGAGCCUCGUCCUAACAGCCUCAUUGAGACUGAAUGGGACGUCUUAAUUACUCCAGUUGUGAAAACUAAAGGAGGGAGGAAGGAUGUGAGCUUUGAUCUUCGGGGGGGGGGGCAGGUUUAAAUGCAGACAGGCUGGGGGGGGGUCGGCCACAUACCUAUAGAGUGUCGGUCCGAGCUGAACCAGAGGAGUCCAGCCAUGAGGAGACACUUCUCCAUUGAGUGGAUGGCUCAGAGCAGCCGACCCGCCACGCCGCCGCCGCCGCCCCCCGGGUCCGACCACAGACCAGCGACCUGCGGGACGCACGCAGAGAGUCUGCCGGGUUUCUACCGCAGACUGGAGCCGAGGAGUUCACCUGGACAGGAGCAGAAGAGCCCGCCAGGCCCUGAAGCGGAUCUCAGCGCCGAGGAGGAGACGUCCGGCUACGAGAGCGAAGGGAGCCGCUCCCGUUCCCCUUCGGCCCACGCCAAACCUGCCCCCUCCCUGCCGGCGUCGCCGCCCGCUGGCCGGAGGCCCCGCACGGCCUUCACCGCGGAGCAGAUCGACGUCCUGGAGCGGGCCUUCAAGAAGAACGCCUACCUGGGAACGCAGGACAAGGCGGAGCUCUGCAGGAAGCUCCGCCUCUCAGACAAACAGAUCAGAAACUGGUUCCAGAACCGGCGGAUGAAGCUGAAGCGCUCGGUUCAGGACGCCCUGGCGCACGCCUGCCAGGCCAGCGCCGCCUCGCAGUUCCUGCACCGCCCCGAGCUGCAAGCCUACAGGCCCGGGCCCUACGCCAGACUCCCCCCGGCGGACGCCGCCCCCUACAGCCCCCCUACCAGCCUGCACUACGGCUGCCCGCUGACCAGCACCUCCGCUCUGUCCCUGGACUCCUUCUACCAGCUAAACGGCCUCCCCGGGGUCCUGCUGCCCCCCGCUUCCGCUCCCCUGUGGGGGUCGUAUCCCACUUACCCCCCGUACUACUGAGCCGCCUUUGGGCCAAACGGGAUGGAGUGCAAUACCGCCAAAAAUCUGACGUCUGUCAUGAAAUAAGAAGCUCAGAGGAUUACUUUGGUUUACUCGAGUACUCGUCUGCGUGCAUUACUCUGAAGUUACCAGCUGAAGCUUUUCUGCUCAGACAGAUGUUGCAGUUUUCCUUCAUUUCCAUCCCCAACAAUAAGCAGAAACGAUCCGUGACGAUGUGAUGAAGGUGACAUUUAAACGGCUUUGGAGGCAAAAGUCUCCGUUCCGUUUUCCUCAAAGCUCUUUCCAAACAUGUUUUUCUUUGUUCUGCAGCAUCUUCAGCUGCUUUGGGCCAUUUUCCUCUUUUCUAUUUGUGUAAAAAUUAACUUAAAAUGAAAGAAAAAAGAUCAGAAUUCUGCAGGCUGGGACAUUUGUUUAUGGUGUAUUAAAGAUGUCAUUUCAAAUACUUUUGGGAAUAAAUAAAAAAAUAAUAAACAUUUAAACUCAGGGCGUCAA